AUGUCUGGCUUCGAGAUCGCCGGAAUUGUGCUGGGUGCUUUCCCUAUUGCCAUCAGUGCUCUCGAGAAAUAUCGCGAUAUUGCGGACCGAUUAGAUCUAUUCUACAAGAUCAGGGAGCAAUACCAGGAUUGGAACACUGACCUUAAGUUCCACAACCUCGCGUUUACGCGAAAUUUGGAACAGCUUCUGCUUCCCCUGGUGGCAGAUGAUGCAAAGAUCGAAGAGCUUCUGCGAGAACCGGGCGGCGACUCUUGGAAGGAGGAGCCGGUCGCCAAACUGUUCGAGGAGCGCCUUCAAGGGUCUUACGGGCUGUACAUGCAGUACAUUGAGCGCAUGGAGCGGGUGAUGCGCGAAAUCAACACGGUUCUUGCCAUAGAUUCGAAAUGGACACAGAAGCUGCUUGAUGGCUCGGUAAGCAGCAGCCAGUCAACAUUUAAAGAACUCUUUUCCAAAGAAGGCCUCGCAAUUCAGGUUUACAAAUUCAAGCUGUGCAACAGUGAUGCUGUUCGCAAGCGCCUUUUCGACGAAGUCAAUGAAUGCAACAACAAGCUGGAGAAACUUCUAAGAUUCAGUGAUGAGGAAGUACGCUUGGCAGACAUCAGAGAGACAAAGAAGCGUCCAGACAAGAUUGACACGACGCUGUGCCAUUUCUGGGAGAGGGCGAAGAGCGUCUUCCAUGCAAUGGCCAAUGCCUGGGCUUGCCAGUGUCAGCAGCAUGGAGCGAAGUUACUACUGCGACAUCGGACAACAAAAGAUACUCACUUUGACAUUCUACUAACAGGCUUUGCCCCAUCUUCGCGGGGCUUUCGAGCUAUCAGAAUUGGUGAUAAUGGCGAUGUGCCUGUCCAGCAGGUGCGUAUCUGCUUAGGAAGAACACCUCAUAUCAAUGAUCGUGAGAUCUUGAGUCUUUGCACUUUGUUUGAGAGUCCAGAGGCAUCGUGCUAUGGCUACCUCAUUAACAACGAACAUCGCCACUAUGUGUACGGCAUCUCUCAGGAGAGUGCCAAAGCAAUGCCCUCUGUGACUCUUGACCAUAUACUCCGAGGCGAAACAAACUUGCUGUUCACGCGGCUGCAAAGAUAUACUUUAUCUCUUGUGAUAGCCUCAACGUACCUUCAGUUAUUAGGCUCUCCCUGGCUGCCAGCAUCUCCCAACAGAGCCAACAUUGUUUUUACGACUACCGAUGAGGAUGUGGCUUCCGUCAAGCUAGAUGAGCCUCACUUGAGUCAAGCUUUCAGGCCUUCACCAAAACAUCAGACCUUUCCCAAUUCAAGAGGUCUUUACCGCUUUAUGGACGCAUUAGAUUAUCUAGGCAUCAUGCUCUUAGAGCUUUGCUUUGGGCAGAAGCUAGAGGAACAUCCAUGGAGGAAAGGACCGGUGGAGAAGGACCAGACGGAGACAGGAGGAUGUGACGUUUGGGCAGCCCGAGAAUGGCUAUGCCAUGUCAAUAACGAAGCAGGCUCCGAUUACGCCGAUGCCGUGUCGUGGUGCCUCAAGGAAAAACGCUUUGCGCCACCGGAUCAAUGGAGGCAAGAUAUGCUGCGCAACGUGAUACAGCCUCUGCAGCGCAGCCGCGAUUAUCUGGUGACCGGGAGGGUAGAGAAGAAAACGUUUCGGUUAACCUGA